ACUGACGGCUUAGCCAACGUUCCGUGGGCGUGACGUCUGAGGCUGAGACUAAUGAUAAUGUGACGUCUUUGGACACGGCUGUGGCUUCCGACGCCACCUGAAGCAGGCUGCUGCGAGUAAACUGAAAAUUAAAGUACUUGACGCUUGAACUUGAGCGCGUUUGAACCACAAGGAGGACAUUUUUGUGGAACAAUGUCUAGAGCGCUAAACAAUCUGUGUGAGUGCUUUCUGCCGUACAGAUCGGGUGCGCGGCGGAGAAGCCGUGAGAUUGAUGCCAUGCUGAAACGAGACCGGCGAGAGCCGAUGGUCAUCUUACUGACAGGCUCGCAGUACGCCGGAACAACAAAUGUCCUCAGACAAAUGCGUCUUAUUAACGGACCAGUGUUCAACCACAAAGAGCUGCUUGAAUUCAGAGAAGCAAUUUAUAACAACAUCAUAGAGGGUAUGCUAGUUUUGAUUCAAGAAAGAAAUAAGUUGGGCAUUCCUUUGCAAAACUCACCCAAUGAGAAGCAUGAAAUGUUAUUUAGUUCUUAUCAUUGGCUUAUGAAGUUGGAGCCCUGUACAUUUCAGCCUUAUGUUGAAGCUAUUGAUUCUCUCUGGAAGGAUUCUGGGAUUCAGGAAGCUCAUCGAAGGAGGAGCAACUUUGAGUUUUAUGAAUCAGUAAAGUACUACUUUGACAACAUUCAUCGUAUUGGCAAACUGAACUACUUACCACACAAUCAGGACGUUAUUUAUACACGAAACAGGACAACAUUUGAAGAAAGGUAUUUAGUGCUCCGUGAUAGCCCUUUCUUGUUAGCAGAACCCUUUAUCUGGAAAGCUGUUUUGCGGCGUAGGCUCCAUCUAUACAAAAUCCAGAUGCCACUCCUCUUUAUCAUUGGAUGCAGUGAUUAUGACCGAACCGGUCAUGAGGACAACUGCCUGGUUGCAUCGUUGAAUGAUUUUGAGCUCCUCUGCAAUCACAAGAGCUUCCUCAACAGCACCAUCAUCAUCUUCUUUAACAAAAUGGAUCUGCUGACAGAAAAAGUACAGACUGCAGAUAUCCGGAAGCAUUUUCCUGAGUUCCAAGGUGAUCCCCAAAAGCUGGAGGAUGUGCAGGAAUUCUUGAUUCAAAGCUUUCAAAAGAGGAAAUGGAAUAACAGCAGGCAGAUUUUCUAUCACAUGACCACUGCUGUGGACACAGAGAAUAUUCAGACUGUCUUCAACACUGUUAAGAACACAGUAAUGGACAGGAACCUCAAAGAAAUUCCAUUCCUGUAAGUUUUUAAGCUCCUCACCAUGGCUGAUAAACUGCAGAUCAGGGAAAGGUGAACACACAACAAUCCACCUCUUAAUGGCCUGAAAUGUUUUCUUCAUAACCUUGGAAAUCACAGAAAGCUUAAAGUAAAUAAGGGGUUUCAACAACCAAUCAGCUUUGAAGGGAAAAAAAUCUGAAACAGCUAAUGUUAGUAACAUGCAGUACACAAAUACUGUGCAAUGGGAAUAAGCCUGAAAAUGGCCUUUGACUCCACUGAUUGUUUCCUAUGGUUAAUGCGUGAUUACCAACAGGAAAUUGUAGACACUGGGAGUUAUGUAGCAUUCAUGAAAACCCUUGGACAAAAGGUCUUCGAGCAUUUCGCACCUUUUUCAUCAAGCUUCCUUCGGCUUGAUGAAAGUGGCUUUUGGCAACAGGAUAUGAUUUUUCCAUACCAGCUGGACCCAACAUGUGUCAGUACAUCAUUUGAACAGUUAACUGAUUUUCAGCAAAGGAAAAAAAGCAGGUUGAACAUUAAAGAUUAAAAGCUUUAAUUGCAUUUAUUUAAUUAUGAAUGAAUAAGGGACAUGUUAUAGCCCAUUUAACUUUAAAGGUAAUUAAAAAGAUGAUAAAAAAUACAUCAUUCUUGUUUUAAAAACCACCAAACAGCUUUUUAAGCCUAAUCCAUAUACCCAAUCCAUAUCUAUAACUGUACAUCAGUUCAUAUACAGAGAAAAAACAGUUGCAACAUUGUUUGACCUGAUCAACUAGAAACAGGACAAAUAAACCAAAAAGCCAUCUUGCAUUAAAAGAGGUUUAAAGGGUCAAGAAUCUAGGUUAGGAUCAUAAAAAAAUGAGUCUGGGUUUACCAUACAAUAAAAGUUUCAAUCUGGCUUCAAAUAAAUGUUUAAAUAUGUAAACAAACUGCUUUUGUACCAUUACAGAAUGAUGGAAUUUGCAAAGUUACUGUUAUUUUUAGCACAAACGUUGUGAGAAUGCAACCUCAACCUGCCUGUUUGUCAACUUUGUGUAUCCUUAAUAUCUACUAAGUCAAAGACUGUGAAUGCGAAAAAUGAGAAUAUACCAAUAUACCAACUUUCUGGGAUAAACAGCAAAAGACACACACACACACACACAGUAUUUUUGCAUGUGGCCUUGAAGUAAUCCAGGGGCCAAAAAAAACAUUCUAUUAUUUAUUAGUUGGUAUAGGCUAAUAUAACAUGUAUGUCAUGCUUUAUCUUAUUCGUUUUUGUUAAUAAACAUUGUCAUUGUAGCCUGUUUUAUUGUCGUUGUGCUUUUAAUAAAGAAUAGGCUACCAAUGAAUCCAUCUUGUGUUUUAGUCUUA